AAUCUGGAAAAUUCUAGAGUUUUUCUACCGUAGUCAAAGGUUUAGCAGUGUCUAACGUGGAUCGCAAGUGAUUGGUUGAUAUUUAAGUUGAAAUUGGGAUAGCUGUAGUGCUUGUUGUGUAGAUAAAGCGGCGCCUGCUGUACCUAUUGGUAUGGGCAAUCGCCUGAGAAAAAAGUUGAUUCGAAGCUAAUAAAAGGAACAAACUUGUCAAAUCGUUCGGCGAAAAACUCAGCUGCCAAAAGUUCAUUAGCGUUACCAGAGAAACCGGCAAAACCUCAAACAGUCGAACUACGACCGAGUUUUUCUCAAGUAAACAAACAAAAUCCGAAGCGGUGUUUGUCAGCUUGAUAUAAAAAGGUUCUGUGUUAAUCCGUGUCCAGUCGAGGAAAUUAAAACUUCCCCGGUUUAGUCAAUGACUUCGACAGCGGCAGCCAGUGGUCUUGAGAGCAUGGAAGUCGAUAAUGCCGUCGUAGGAUCUAGUGAAUGUGGCAGUUCCGGUCAAGACUGGGCGAUAAUUCCCAAGGUGGACGAAUCCAAUACGGUCUGGCUCAGCAAACCGCCAAUGGAAAGAUUUAUCGGUAUUCUGGACCAACUGGACUCAAAAGUGGAGCAACUGCGUAAGGAUGCUGUAAUGCUGCAGGAGAAGAAAGACUUUCUGGCAAUGUCAGUGGAUUUGCUGAAAAACAAUGAAUAUUUGACCGGAUUGAACGAAAAUGAGCGCGAGGAACUCAGCUGCUACGUUCAACGGAUAAGUGGACGUCUGUCGACGGUCGAGCUCAGCGUGUGCACCGUUCGGGAUCGGGCCCAGGAAGAUUCGCUUCAUCACGUCAACAGUCUCAUCGAUGCGCUUAUCUCGAGUUCGGAUCCGAUGGUUUCGCGUAUGCGCUGCCAGCAGUUUUUGAACGCAUGCAGCACAACCGAUACGAGCACCUAUACCGAUUUGGAUCCGGUCAUGUGUUCGGAUAAAAAAUUCGAGAGUGUGCUGCUUGGUUGCACGUUGGACGAUCAGAAAACCAUCAAAAAACGUUUGCAAGCACUUUUGGCGUACCUCAAUCAGCAGACGGUCGUCCAUUGAAUCAGGAUGGAAGAUUACGGGAAGACGAGAGCUUUUGUCGAAAAAACUGCAAUUAUUUUUAGUUUCUGUUUAGCAAUUCACAGAAGUUUAUGAGAUAAAACCUAUACAAGAUGUUUAAGCGAGAGAUUAUUUGAGAUUGGAAGUUUAAAAUCUUUUGGACUAUGUUAGGAAGUAUUUUUAAAAUAAAAGCAAAUCAGAAACAAACAGGAUCAGAGAAUAGUGACACGCGGAUCACAUUAAAAAUUAAACCAUUGAUUUUGUAAUGAAUAAUUGCAUCUAAUAUAAGUAUUGCUCUCUCCAUCUGCAUUUUUUUUGUAUGUAUUUUGAUGUAGUCGUACCUUAUAUUUCGAAGUUUUCGUUAUCUACUUAAGAACAACAGAACAGUUUGUUGUACGUUAUACAAAAAUCAAAUUGAACCCACUAAUCCCCACACAAACUUCAGGUUUUAACCUUAAGAAUAUUUUUCUGGUUCUGAAUUGAACUCUUGCUGAAUAGAAAAUAACGUGUUCAAACUAUUUUUCUUCAUUCUUAAUAUUGAAAGAACAAAUCACAAAUACGUUACAACAAAUCACAAAUACCACGCUUCAAACAUAAUUUCUUUAGGAGUUAAGAAAAUAGUCCGAUUUAAAAACCUAAAAAGCUUCCAACCAUCAUUCGAAGGAUAACUUCAAUCUACGAGAUUAGAUAGCACAGCUAAUCAAAACAUCUGUAUUAGAUCUCCCCUAGUUCUACAAUUUUAUUAAAGCAAACCAAAUGCGA